AAUCAACGCCCACCGUGCCGGGCUCUGCACACACCGCCUCUGUGCAGAGGGUGUCCCGCAGAGUUGGCGGCCCCGGGGUGCGGGCGACAUGGUGCGCGGCAGGAUCUCUCGGCUCUCGGUCCGCGAUGUGCGCUUCCCCACGUCGCUCGGGGGCCACGGCUCGGACGCUAUGCACACAGACCCUGACUACUCAGCUGCCUACGUUGUCUUGGAGACGGAUGCGGAAGAUGGACUCAAGGGCUACGGAAUCACCUUCACUCUGGGGAAAGGCACUGAAGUUGUUGUCUGUGCUGUGAAUGCCCUGGCCCCCCACCUGCUUAACAAGGACCUUGGGGACAUUGUUGGUGAUUUCAGAGGCUUCUACAGACAGCUCACGAGCGACGGGCAGCUCAGAUGGAUCGGUCCCGAGAAGGGUGUGGUGCAUCUGGCCACGGCGGCCGUUCUCAAUGCCGUGUGGGACCUGUGGGCCAAGCAGGAGGGAAAGCCUCUGUGGAAGUUACUUGUUGACAUGGACCCCAGGAAGCUGGUAUCCUGCCUAGAUUUUAGGUACAUCACCGACGUCCUGACAGAGGAGGAAGCCUAUGAAAUCCUGCAGAAAGGUCAAGUUGGGAAAAAAGAGCGAGAAGAGCAAAUGCUGGCGCAUGGCUACCCUGCCUACACCACAUCGUGCGCCUGGCUGGGCUACUCGGACGCCACGCUGAAGCAGCUCUGCAGCAAGGCGCUGGAGGACGGCUGGACCAGGUUUAAAGUAAAAGUUGGUGCUGAUCUCCAGGAUGACAUCCGUAGAUGCCGACUCAUCAGAAACAUGAUCGGCCCUGAGAAGACGCUGAUGAUGGAUGCCAACCAGCGCUGGGAUGUGCCCGAGGCCGUGGAGUGGAUGGCGAAGCUGGCGGAGUUCAAGCCCCUGUGGAUUGAGGAGCCCACCUCCCCUGAUGACAUUCUGGGGCAUGCCACCAUUUCCAAGGCACUGGUCCCCCUGGGAAUUGGCGUUGCCACCGGAGAACAGUGCCACAACAGAGUGAUAUUUAAGCAACUCCUACAGGCAAAAGCCCUGCAGUUUCUCCAGAUCGACAGCUGCAGGCUGGGGAGUGUCAACGAGAACCUCUCAGUGCUGCUGAUGGCCAAAAAGUUUGACAUUCCUGUGUGCCCGCAUGCUGGUGGAGUUGGCCUCUGUGAACUGGUGCAGCACCUGAUUAUAUUUGACUUCGUAUCAGUCUCUGCAAGCCUCAAAGACAGGAUCUGGCUGCAUCUUUUAGUUCCAUCUUAUAUCUCAACAUGCGCCAGGAUGUGUGAAUACGUCGACCACCUGCACGAGCACUUCAAGUACCCCGUGAUAAUCAAGAAGGCUUCCUACAUGCCUCCUAAGGAUGCUGGUUAUUCAACAGAAAUGAAGGAGGAAUCUGUAAAGAAACACCAGUAUCCAGAUGGUGAAGUUUGGGAGAAGCUCCUUGCUGCUCAAGUGAAUUAGAGCUGAAUGCUUAACAGCUUUUGCUUUAAGUGAAAAGGCUUAAAAUUUCUUGGGUAUGGUUUUACAAAAAUAGAAAAAAAAAAUUCAUCCUACCAAUCAGAACAAGUUCAGCUGAAAGUCAUACUAACCUCAGGCAUCAGCUUAGUCAUCAUUACUUGAUUCUUUUAGCAAAAAACACAUUCUCCUAUGUAAUCUUUAAACAAAAGUAGAUCCAACUGUCUCAAAGUCCAGGAAGAUGCUAAAUCUUAAAAUUUCUAUCACGUGCUGGUACCUAGCCAUUAAACUAUACUUUGAAAAUAAGCAGCAUGUUGGAAUAAUUCCUUAAUCUUUUUAAAAAACACACUUGUCAUAAAUUAGCAUAAUAAAACAGCCGUGCAGCAGUAUGGGGUAUCUGAUAUGCAGCAAAGGUAAAAACAUUUCACUGAUCAGCCCUGAGGUGGUUUAGCAUCU